CUUUUUGGGUGAAAUUGCAAGAAAAUUGAUUGAGAAUUAAUUUUCAUAGAAAAUUAGUUGGUGUUCCACUUCGUGGCCAACACCAAGUUUUAAAAGCAUUUUCUUUGUCUUAAAAAUCAGAAAAAUACACUAAUCAAUCAUCGAUGAAAGACACCUCAGUCCUAAUCUUCACAAUCUUUCCGUUUUUUAUGACUUUCUCCGUUUACUCAAAACAUUACUAUAAAAGUUGUUUAAAAAAUAUUCAACAAUACCACACCUGUGUUGUAAAAUAAAUUAAUAAAUCUCUCAAUGUUAAGACCAAACUCUGUGAAAUCCUACCUUCAUGUGAUAAGCAUCGUUCUACUCUAUAAUUCCGUAUUCUUGGCAUUAUCCUCGUCGUCAUGAAGUGUGCAUAUAAUCUAGUUUUACUGUGCUAUAUAGAUAAGUACAUAUAGCCACAAUAGGCGGUAGAUGAGAGCGAUUAAAGUCUGAAAAAAAUCAUUCAUAUCAGUCCAUCAGUCGCUCUUUAAACUCCCGAAGAGAAGCAUCGUGAAUUAUUCUACUUAACAACAACUUUGGGGAUAUUGAGCGUGGAAAAAAAUGGUUAGCAAAAUUAGUGAUACUGAAGAGAGCUGUGAAGAUCUGGCACUGGGGAAGAAUGUUGAGAAAGAAUUCGAUGAGAAGACGCUUCCUUUCUGGAGAAAACGUCGUUACCAUAUUGUUAUCAUGAUGCUCUUUGGCCUAUUCUGCCUCCUCAGCAUGAGAAUGAUUCUCAGUGUGGCCAUUGUGUCCAUGACUAAGACAAACAACAUUACUCUUGACGAUGGUACUGUUGUUGAGGAGCAAGAAUUCGAAUGGAACUCCAAACAGCAAGGACUCAUCCUGAGUUCCUUCUUCUAUGGCUACAUGGCAACUCAACUCAUCUCUGGAUUUCUCUCUGCUCGUUUCGGGGGUCAUUUAGUCUUUGGCAUCAGUGUAUUAGGAACAUCAAUUCUCUCCUUACUACUUCCCUUCGCGGCUGAAAUUCAUCUGAGUGUAUUUAUUGCCGCAAGGAUAUUUCAAGGAUUCUUCGGGGGAGGAGCAUUCACAGCUAUUAUAGCAAUUUUAGCUAAUUGGGCGCCAGUUAAUGAGAGAACAUUUCUAACGAACACCGCUCUAAUGGGCUACUACUUUGGAAAUAUUGCAGCUAUGCUCUUAUCUGGGAUCAUAAUUGUAGCUUGGGGAUGGCGAGUAUUGUUCUAUAUAUUCGGUGCAAUCGGAUGUAUUUGCUACAUAUGUUGGAUUUUAGUAGUGAAAGAAAGCCCAAAGCAUGAUUCCUUCAUAACAGAAGCAGAAAAAAAGUUCAUCAUAUCAAGCAUUGGGGAGCGCAAGAGUAAAAAAAUUUCUCACCCAUGGAAAGAUAUGUUAACAUCCCUUCCAGUUUGGGCUAUAGCAGUUGGGCAUUUCACAACAAUGUGGGGACAGUUUACAUUGCAAACGCAGCUACCAACAUUCCUCAAUGAUAUCUUCAACUACAACAUAGAAAAAACGGGUAUUUUAUCGGCUAUACCAUACAUGUUGCUAGCGUCGAUGCUCUCAAUUACAGGAUACUUUGCAGAUUGGUUACAGGUGAAAGGUUACCUGACAACAGGACAAGUUCGACGCUACUUCAAUUGCUUCACAUACCUAACUCAAAUGAUCUUUAUGCUGCUUGUUGCAUUCAAUACAAAUCCCGUCCUUACUAUUGUGUACCUAACUCUAGGAGUUGGUGUUGAUGCCUUUACAUGGUCAGGUUAUGCAAUCAAUGCUCUUGAUUUAGCACCCUCCCACGCAGCAAUUAUUAAAGGCAUCGGCAUUACUCUGGGUGGAUGUUCGGGAAUUUUAAGCCCACUCCUGUCAGGCUACAUUGUAACGGACAAGAGUCGUGAACAGUGGCAGCUUGUCUUUUUCAUAGCAGCUGGAAUUUAUUUAUUUGGAGCAGUAUUUUCAUGGCUUUUUGUUAGAGGAUCCAUCCAGCCGUGGGCUAAGAUUGAUCUUGAAGAAAUGGAAAGGAGAAAUGAAGCAAGUAGAUGUAAUAGAACUUCUUAAGACCGAAAGUAUUUCAAAUAUUUCUCUUAAUCAGGUUUAAAAGAUUAUGUAAUCUAAUUUUUUUUGUUAUCUUAUUUCUUGGACAAUAAAGAUAAGUUUCCAUUGGAAA